AUGACGCGGCUCCUUCACCAGAGGGACCCAAACCAGUGGGUGCCACCCAAUCUUGGACUUGAACCUCUAGGAACCAGGAGACAAAAGAAGCAGCCGGUGUCAGGUGUCACCACACCUGGAGAGAAUGCACUGAGCAAGGAAGAGGGAAGCAGUGGGCUCCAGAGAUGUGCCGUGAGGGCUACCCAGAAUAUCAUCCCUGCAUCCACUGGAGUUGCCAAGGCUACGGGCAAGGUCAUCCCUGAACUGAAUGGGAAGUUCACCGGCAUGGCUUUCCGUGUGCCCAACAUGUCCGUUGUGGAUCUGACCUGUCAACUGGAGAAAGCUGCCAAAUACGAUGACAUCAAGAAGGUGGUGAAGCAGGCGUCAGAGGGCCCCCUCGAGGGCAUCCUGGGCCACACAGAGGUCAUCUCCUGCGACUUCAACAGUGAUACCCACUCUUCCACCUUUGAUGCUGGGGCGGGCAUUUCCCUCAACGACCACUUUGUCAAGUUCAUUUCUUGGUAUGACAGUGACUUUGGCUACGACAACAGGAUGGUGGACCUUAUGUUCCACAUGUCCUCCAAGGAGUAG